AACUUAAUAAGUAACGUUGGUAAUCUUAAACUAAUUGAUAAUUUCAACAGAGAAAACUUGGCAAGCCACUCCAAUUAAAGCUGGUAAUUUCUUAAAAAAGUUAGUAAUUUUAAGUAUUUGCUAAAAAAUAUAAAUAGAAGUUUGUAAACAACAAGAGAAUAUUAUUGUGUCAUGAACUCCAAUGCCUGUGGUCCUGGAUCACCCACACCACUCGAGUAUGCGAAUGAGACGGUGGGUAAUGUGGAUGUGAAUCUGAGCAGACUUUAGAAAAGAUCCUUCUCAAUAGGUUCACGGUCACAACGAUAAUGUUUUAGAAUGCAUAAGAUAAAGAUGACGGCUUAACUCAUUUUUGGCUAUUUGUCUAGAUGACAAUGAAAUUCUAUGUGCCAUUAAUUGAGAAGCUACCAUCGCGGAAUUCUAUAGUCAUAAGGAUAUGGUCAACAAAUGCUCUCAAACUAACUUGUUAGGUAACCAAUUGAAGAAGUAAGAAACCUGAAUUUAGGGACGCAAUCAAAAUGGAAUUACCCUUUUCAAUUUUAUUUUAUUUUUGAGCUAGGUGAGAUGUGCAAACCCCACAUGUAUAGAGUUACAUUUCUCAGACAUUUAAUUUGAUUCUCGACCCAUCCAUCAGCCUUGGUCUUUUUAAACUCCUAAAGUCUCGUUAAUUUUUGCAAAUAUACUUUGGAAUUUGGUGUCGAUAUGGUACCUUAAAUUGAUGGGGACUGGCCAACCACUCCCGCUCUCCAUAAUUUGAGAUUACUCGACUUGACUUCUUCUAAAUGAUGUCGACUUGUGUGGCUUAGGCCAUUCCUUAAUCCUUCGGUUAUAUCUUUGCCACUUCUCUUGAACAAUGCCGCAACACAAUGGAAAUGGAAAUGGAAACCGACCCUCACUUUCCUACUUGACCAUCUCUCGUUGACCCCUGUUCCAAACGGAGUUCUUGCAACUUCCUUGAAAUGCAUAAGACCGCGAUUUCCAUCAUCCAAGUCUUGUAAAAUCACUUUAAAAUGUGGUGUGGUUUAACAUGUACUUCGACAAGAAAAGCAUGACAUAUUUUUUGUGAUUUGCUUUCAGAAUUUCGGCGGACAUAGCCACGAUGAAAAGAAAAAGAAGUUCAGAAACAGGAUCUAGUAGAAACGGCACAUGUGGAGCUCAGUUUGAUGUGUUCUUGAGUUUUCGAGGACCGGAUACUCGCGCUACCUUCACAGAUUCCCUCUACCAUGCCCUGCUAGAUAAGGGUAUCCAUGUUUUCAUAGACAAGAAGGGCAUCGAUGUCGGUGAAGAGAUUGGCCCCGAGAUUUUCCAGGCCAUCGAUGACUCGAAAAUCUGCAUUCCCAUCUUCUCUAGAGGCUACGCCUCUAGUAGCUGGUGCCUGCGCGAGCUGGAACACAUGAUGGCACGUAGAAAAGCAUAUGGAAAAGAGGUUAUGCCCAUUUUUUAUGAUGUGGAACCUUCGGAUGUGAAGCUUGAAUCUGGAGUGUAUAGGGAUGCAUUGACUCUGCAUGAAGAAAAACGUGGGGCUGAGAUUGUACGACGCUGGGCGGAAGCACUCCAAGAUGUUACUGGAAUCAAGGGGUGGGACACCAAGAACACAGGCCAUGGAGAACUCACAAGACUAAUAGCUCGUAAAGUUUUGGUUAAGCUUAAGGUGUCUCCGGUAUAUCUGUCUGAUCAUUUGAUUGGGAUCAACCAAUCAGUGGAUGAAGUAACAGAGUUGUUGAGUGUUGAAUCCAAGGACAUAAGGUUUGUUGGAAUAUGUGGAAUAGGUGGUAUAGGCAAGACAACUCUUGCCAAGCAUGUUUACAGUAAAUUGUCAGUUAAUUUUGCAAGUUGUAGCUUUAUCCCAGAUAUUCGACAAGCAUCAGAAAGUUCAAGUUUUGGUCUUCUAAAUUUGCAAAGGCAACUGGUGCAUGAUAUCCUUGGGGACAAAUCGAUUGAGGUUUCUAGCAUCGAUCAAGGGAAAAAUAUGAUGAAAGAACGAUUUAGUAUAAAAAAAGUUCUUAUUUUCCUUGAUGAUGUAAAUCAUAGAAGCCAACUUAUGGCAUUAGCAGCAAAGAAAGAAUGGUUUGGAUGGGGAAGUAGAAUAGUUGUAACAACAAGAGAUAAGAGUGUUUUAUGUGGAUUCCAAGGUCAAUUUGAACAUUGUUUGAUUUAUGAAGCUAAGGAACUCGACUAUCUCGAAGCUUAUCAACUUUUUAGCAUGCAUGCCUUUAGAAGAAACUCUCCUCCAAAUGAAUUCCUGAGUCUAUCUAAGAAAGUUACUGCAAAAACCGGCGGGCUUCCUCUAGCUAUUGAAGUGAUUGGCUCAUUUUUAUAUGGAAAAAAGGAAGCAGUGUGGCAAGAUACAUUGAAAAAGAUGGAAGAUUGUCCUCAUAAGGAUGUGAAGGAUAAGCUAAUGUUGGGUUAUGAGGCGUUAGAUCAUCAGCAACGGCAAAUAUUUCUUGAUAUUGCUUGUUUUCUAGUUGGAGAAAAUAAGAGAAAUGCAUAUUACAUGUGGGAUGACUGUGAAUUUUUUCCAGAUGAGGGGAUUGAAGUUCUUCUUUUAAUGUCCUUAGUGAAAAUUACAGAAAAGAACCGAUUAUGGAUGCAUGAUCAGCUUAGAGACUUGGGGAGGAGCAUUGUCCGCCAAGAAAGUUGCAAAGACCCCGGAAAACUUUCUCGGGUGUGGAAUCACGAAGAAGGUCUUGAUAUGAUCCAAAGAAAGAAGGGAACAAAAACUGUUGUAGCGAUUUGUAUGAACUUUCGUGGGAUAAUACCAGCCACAAUUUUGACAUCAGAUGAAUUUAUGAAAGUACCAAGUAUUAGGUUUCUUAGAAUGGUUGGUGGGAACCUCUCUGGAGACUUUAAGAAUCUCUUUUCAGAAUUGAGAUGGCUAUCUUGGAAGUAUGGUCCUUCAGAGUUGCUUGCAACCAACUUUUGCCCAAAAAAUCUAGUCAUCCUCGACCUAUCAUGGAGCCAAAUAGAAUAUUUUUCGGGUGAUUGGACUCUAUUUAAGGUGGCUACGAGAUUGAAGGUCCUUAAUCUUUCGUAUUGCCACUGGUUGACUGUAACUCCAGACCUAUCAGCACAUUCAUCCUUAGAAAUACUAAUUCUUGAGGAGUGUGAGAAUUUGAAUUGGAUUGAUCCGUCCAUUGGUCAACUAAGGCGUCUAAAGCACUUGAAUCUAAAUGGAUGUUGUUCUCUCUGGAAAUUGCCUAUAUUAGGUUCUCUGAAAGCUUUGACUGAGCUGUUCAUGGAUAGAGUGACCUCUGCACUAGAAAGUUAUGAAAAGAAUUGGUCAUAUGUAGAAGUCAAAGCUAUCAUGGAUGGAGUGACCUCCGCACGAGAAAGUAAUGGAAGCGAUUGGCCAUCUGUAGAGAAAAGUCUAGGCAUUAGGCAUGUCCCAAGCUCAAUCGGAGCACUUUUGAAUCUCGAGUGCUUGUCCAUUUGUGGAGCUCCGAGGCUAACAAGACUUCCAGAAUCAAUUGGGUUGCUGAAAUCUUUAGUUGAAUUGAAUAUCUCGGACACAGGAAUUAUAGAGUUGCCUAGCUCGAUUGUUCAUCUAAAGAACUUGAAAGUCUUGAAGAUGAACAGAAGUUGCAUAACAAAGCUACCGGCGGCAAUUGGGAUGUGGGAGAAACUGGAAGAGAUUCAUGGAGAGGAUUGUUCGGCAUUACAGAUGAUUCCCAAUGAUGUUGCAAGACUAUCUUUCUUGAAGAUUUUCAAAUUAACAGAAACUCGUGUGAAGAAAGUACCAGAGCUUCCCCCAAGUUUAAUAAGUCUGUAUCUCUCUUCAACAGCAGAAGUUCUGGACAUGUCGAAUCUGAGAAAUUUGAAAUUGAGUUUUCCCACGUCAACCUCCAUCACAGCUUUGGAAAUGGAUAGAACUUACAAGCUAUGGUGGAUUGGGAAACUAUUGAGACUGGAGUACUUAAGAUUGGAACUUCCAAGCAUCACCAGCAUACCAUCAGAUUUGGAUCACCUUUGUUGCCUGAAAGAACUUCUACUCGUCCGCUGUAAGAAGCUGCGGCACAUUGGACUGCUUCCCUCUAGUUUGAGGAAACUUACAGUUUCCCACUGCAAUGUUCUACAAAGUAUAGAUCUCUCCAACUUGCAGAAGUUGUUGGAGUUAAGUCUCAGUUUUGCGAUUUCCUGUGUUCGGGGCCUUGAAGGUUUAAGAUCAUUACAGUGCCUGAAACUGUCGUCCUGUGAGUUUAGCGAGCUCAGUGGGCUUGAAAGUCUAGAGAAGCUACAAGUGUUGUCAAUUGAAUUUUGCCCCCUCCUUCAUACAUUGCCCAACUUAUCUGACUUAAAAUGUCUGAAGGACCUUUUUCUGUGGAGUUGUCGGAAACUGGUCGAGAUUCAAGGUCUUGACAGAUUGGAAUCACUACAAUCGAUCACCAUUGGAGGCUGUAGUUCCUUGCUAACUUUACCUGAUCUAUCCAAUUUGAAGAAGCUGGAGUACUGUGACAUUGAAUGUUGCUCCAAAGGUAAAAUCCCAGGAGAAGUAUAGCUCAAAGCCAUCGUGACCUUUCAGUCUGCCAUAGUUGAAAAAGCUUGUAAUCAAAGGAGUAGAUAACAUAA